AUGAACACCCUCGCCACACGCAUCUCGCCCUCGGCGCGGAGAUGGACUUGUGCAUCUACAACUCCAUCUCCAUCUCCAUGUCCAUCUACCUCUGCAUCUCUAUUCCGCCACCGCCGCAGCAGCCGGAACUUCAGCACCUCCAGACGCCAGGCGGCCGACCAUGUAAGAAUAGUCGAGGUCGGGCCGCGCGAUGGCCUCCAGAACGAAAAGAGCUCGAUCCCGCUCGACACCAAGCUGGAACUGAUCCGGCGCCUGGCACAGACCGGAGUGACACAUCUGGAGGCCGGAUCGUUUGUGCCUGCGAAAUGGGUGCCGCAGAUGGCCUCGACCAGCAACAUCCUAGAGCAGAUCCUGACGAAUCCUCCGCCUGCGCCGCACGGCAUCGCGUACAACUACCUCGUACCCAACAUUCGAGGCAUGGAGAACCUAGUCAAGACGUUGCAAACACACAAGGCCCAGAAUGCGAACCCAUCCGCCUCCGUGUCCGGGGCACCUCCGACGCCGCCUCCGUCGCCCGGGCCAUCGGCCACCACUAUCAGUUCGAACCCCGAUGAAUUGGACGCGAACCGCAGCAGCAGCACCAGCAACUCGACCGAGAUCUCACUCUUCGCGGCCGCGACCGAGACGUUCUCGCAGAAAAACACCAACUGCAGCAUCGCGACGAGCCUGGAGCGAUGCAAGCCGAUUGUCGAGCUUGCCAAGCAGCACAGCAUCCGGGUGCGCGGGUACGUGUCGGUCGCGCUGGGUUGUCCGUACGAAGGGGCGGACGUGGACCCGCACAAGGUGGCCUCGAUCACGGCGACGCUGCUGGAGAUGGGGUGCGACGAGGUGUCGGUGGCCGACACGACGGGCAUGGGCACGGCGCCACGCACGCGCAAACUGCUCGAGACGCUCAAGGACGCCGGCAUCCUCAACGAGGACCUGGCCCUGCAUUUCCACGACACCUACGGCAUGGCCCUGGUCAACACCGUCGUCGGCCUCGAGCACGGCGUGCGCAUCUUCGACAGCUCCGUCGGCGGCCUGGGCGGCUGCCCCUACAGCAAAGGCGCCACCGGCAACGUCGCCACCGAGGACCUGCUGCACUUGUUGCACAGUCUGGGCUGUGACACCGGCGUCGAUCUGCUGAAGAUGGCGGAAAUCGGCGACUGGAUCUCCCACCAGUUGGGCAGGCCUAAUGACUCGAGAGCCGGCAAGGCUGUGCUGGCGAGAUUGAAGGAUUCUUCCUAG